GUUUUGACAUUUGGUUGACAUUCGUUUGUGCGUCGUUUUGUGAUGAAACUGGGAAAAGCCAAGAAGACACCAUGGCGGCCGGUCCAAUAGCAGAACGAAAUCAAGAUGCAACGAUUUAUGUUGGUGGACUGGAUGAUAAGGUUACCGAAACCCUGCUGUGGGAAUUAUUUGUCCAGAGCGGACCCGUCGUCAAUGUGCACAUGCCGAAAGAUCGUGUCACACAGAUGCACCAAGGUUACGGGUUCGUCGAGUUUCUAGGUGAAGAGGAUGCGGAUUAUGCGAUUAAAAUUAUGAACAUGAUCAAGCUGUACGGUAAACCUAUCCGCGUGAACAAAGCAUCCGCACAUCAGAAGAGUCUCGACGUGGGGGCGAACAUUUUCAUCGGCAAUCUGGAUCUGGAGGUGGACGAGAAACUGCUGUACGAUACGUUCUCCGCCUUCGGUGUGAUUCUGCAGACGCCAAAGAUUAUGCGUGAUCCCGAGACCGGCAAUUCGAAAGGAUUUGCCUUCAUCAACUUUGCCAGCUUCGAGGCAUCGGAUGCGGCCAUGGAUGCGAUGAACGGACAGUAUCUGUGCAAUCGCCCCAUAUCGGUUUCGUACGCGUUCAAGAAAGAUUCCAAGGGCGAACGUCACGGAUCGGCAGCUGAGCGUCUUUUGGCAGCACAGAAUCCACUGUCACAUGCGGAUCGACCUCAUCAACUGUUCGCCGAUGCACCCGUACCGCCUUCAAUGCAUCCGGGUAUGAUGGGUGGCCACCCGAUGAUGCCACCGCCACUGCUGCCCCCUCCUCCACCACCCUCCAAUCCGGCUGCUGUUAUACCGCAGCCACCAAUCAUGCCACCACCACAAGCUCCCAGCGGAUACGGUGGUCCGGGAGGAAUUCCUCCUCCUCCUUUGCCACCACCACUCGGUGUUCAACCUCAGCCUCCGCUACCAGCGGCCCCGAUGGGUAUUCCGCCGCCACCAAGGAUGAUUCCUCCACCACCGUGGCAACAACCGGGCGGCCCAGUGCCUCCCGCGCCUGUCGGGGCUCCAGCACCGCCACCGGCUCCCUCGGCACCGUUUCCACCACCACCGCCAUCAUUUCCACCAGCGGGCAGCAACGCUGGGGGACAAUUUCCACCACCACCUCCAGCACCCAAUACACCACGGCCUCCUCCUCCCGGUGCGGUAAGGCCUCCGCAACCACCACCACCACAGAUGCCGGGCUUUCCUCCAAGACCUCCACCGGGCGGUGGUUUCCCUCCUCAACCAAGAUUGCCUCCGCCUCCACCUUCCGCCACCUACACAACGGAUGGCUACGGAGCGUACUAAAACAAGCACAUCUCAACAUUAACAACAGACAGACCUGUUUUCCAGCUGACUCCAUGCGACACUCGCUCUAUAUUCGUUUCGCUCGUUUGGUACAAAAUGAAAUUAAAUAAAACAAAAAAAUGGAAUUAUCAAUACCAUUUUUCUUCAG